AAAAGAUUGUUUUUUAAAAAUAAUUUUAAAAAUGCCAAAGGGAUAAACAACAAAUACAUAAAAAGCAUAGAAGGCAGCUAAAAAUGCAAGAGUUGCCAAGAAGGUUGUGAGAGCUAGAAAGCAUUUCCAAAAUAGAUUCCACACAGAAAAGCCAUUAGCUUUAUCUAGAAAACCCAAAUUCACAAGAUUAACAAGAUAACUUACUCCCGUUUCCAAGGGGUUAGAUUUCUAAAAUGUGCUUAGACACCCACUUAUUACAGAAAAGGACAUGAAAAAGAUGGAAGAUGAAAACACCAUGGUGUUCUAUGUGAAUUAAAAAUCAACUAAGCCAUAAAUUAAAAGAGCAUUUUAGAAAAUCUAUGAAGUUAAGGUCAGAAAAGUUAAUAUCCUUAACACUUUCGGUGGCAAGAAGAAGGCCUACAUCAGAUUGGGUGGAGAGAAUGAUGCUCUCAACUUGGCCAACAAGAUCGGAAUUAUUUGAGCUCACAAAAUAAUUUAUCAAAGUACAAUAAUAAUAUAUAUUUAUUCAUUCACUAUUUUCUUUAA